AAGAAGCAUGAGUGAUUGGAUUACAGAUGACAUUUUGGAGCACGAGUGAUGUUAAAACGAUUUGAAUGUACUGGAGCAUGGCUGCUUCUUAAAAUGCAAAAGUUAAAGGAAAGUAUUGCUCAUCAAAAACUGCUGAAUAUCUGAACUUUGUAGACAUCUCGCAUUUAACCGUGUCCUUAAAUGUCCACGAUUAAGAUCUCAUGCAACCAUUGUAUAUUUUGGAGACUAUUCUCCAGAAGAGAACUGUGCAUUUAAAAAGCAGAAAUGACUGUGUUUUCUCGUGGAACUUACUGAGCCUGAGCACACCGAAAGAUCAUGACCAGCUUGAAGCGGUCCCAGACCGAAAGGGCUGUUGCCACUGGGGUGUCAGUCGGAACAGAUGGCACCCCCAAAGUCCACUCGGAUGACUUUUACAUGAGGCGCUUUAGGUCACAGAACGGCAGCUUAGGAUCUGUAGUCAUGGCGCCAGUCGGGCCUCCUCGCAAUGAAAGUUCCCAUCACGUUACCUCUACUCCUGGAGUCCCCAAAAUGGGGGUCAGGGCAAGGAUUGCUGACUGGCCCCCAAGGAAGGAGAACAUCAAGGAAGCGAGCAGAUCGAGUCAAGACCUUGACACAUCGAGUUGCCUUGACAGCAUGUCGUCUAAAAGCAGUCCUGGGAGUCAGGGAAGCUCUGUUAACCUGAAUGCUGGCGAUUCCGUCAUGUUAAAGAGCAUCCAGAGCACACUGAAAACCAAGACUAGACAAUCUGAGAACCUGGACUCCAGGUUUCUUACACCUGACGGCUAUCCCAGCUCCCCAAGGAAAGCUCUUCGUAGGAUAAGACAGCGCAGCAACAGCGACAUUACCAUAAGUGAGCUUGACGUGGAUAGUUUUGAUGAAUGUAUUUCACCCACUUUUAAAUCCGGACCGUCUCUGCACAGGGAGUAUGGCAGUACCUCUUCCAUAGAUAAGCAGGGGACUUCAGGUGAAAGUUUCUUUGAUUUACUGAAGGGCUAUAAAGAUGAAAAGUCUGAUCAGAGAAGCCCAGCCCCAACUAAGCUCAGUGAACUCCUGAUCGCCAGUGGAAGCAAGGGUUCGGGAUUCUCCCUGGAUGUCAUAGAUGGACCUAUUACUCAAAGGGAAAACCUGAGACUCUUUAAGGAAAGGGAGAAGCCACUCAAGAGACGCUCAAAAUCAGAGACAGGAGAUUCAUCCAUUUUCCGUAAGCUGCGCAAUGCCAAAGGUGACGGGGAGCUUGGGAAGUCUUCAGAUCUUGAAGAUAACAGGUCAGAAGACAGUGUCAAGCCGUGGACUUGUCCAAAGUGUUUUGCUCACUAUGAUGUACAGAGUAUUUUAUUUGAUUUAAACGAAGCGGCAAUCAACAGGCACAACGUUAUUAAAAGAAGGAACACAACCACAGGUGCAUCUGCUGCUGCUGUAGCAUCGCUUGUCUCUGGACCCUUGUCCCAUUCUGCAAGUUUCAAUUCUCCAAUGGGCAGCACUGAAGACCUGAAUUCGAAAGGGAGUCUCAAUAUGGACCAGGGAGAUGAUAAAAGCAAUGAACUUGUGAUGAGUUGUCCUUAUUUUCGUAAUGAGAUUGGUGGGGAAGGGGAGAGGAAGAUCAGCCUUUCCAAAUCUAAUUCGGGUUCCUUCAGUGGCUGUGAAAGUGCCUCGUUUGAGUCGACUCUGAGUUCUCAUUGCACGAAUGCUGGAGUAGCGGUUCUGGAAGUUCCCAAGGAGAACCUGAUUUUACAUCUGGACAGGGUGAAAAGAUACAUCGUUGAACACGUAGACCUUGGUGCAUAUUAUUAUCGGAAGUUCUUCUAUCAGAAAGAACACUGGAACUAUUUUGGGGCAGAUGAGAACCUGGGCCCAGUGGCUGUGAGUAUAAGAAGAGAGAAGCCAGAGGAAAUCAAAGAAAACGGACCUCAGUACAACUACCGGAUCAUAUUCAGAACCAGUGAGCUUAUGACAUUAAGGGGCUCUGUGCUGGAAGAUGCUAUCCCUUCAACCGCAAAGCACUGCACAGCCAGGGGACUGCCCCUGAAAGAAGUGCUGGAGUACGUGGUUCCUGAGCUGAAUAUCCAUUGCCUGAGGCUGGCCUUCAACACUCCCAAAGUCACAGAGCAGCUGAUGAAGCUGGACGAGCAAGGG